AUGCCAAACACACUUUAUCAAUUCCGAGUAAAUGCAACCUAUAAUCAUCAGAGUUGUGCAAAGAAACCUCUUGCCUUAAGUCCAGCAGUACGUGUGAGGACAGAGGCUGUUGCGCCUAAUCCACCCAAAAACAUUAACGUUAUGGCACUAGGUUCAAAAUCUCUUGAAAUUGAAUGGGAUUCGGUUCAAUACAGAUAUGGAACUGUUAGCUACCUAGUCUACUACAAUAUAACGCAGCUUAAAUAUGAAGCCAAAACAACCAAAUCUACUAGUGUCUUGCUUACUGGCCUCACACCGUAUACCAAAUAUGAGGUAAAAGUUGCAGUCGUUGUUAGACCGUGGGGUGCAAAUGAUGGCUCAGAAGAUGUUACAAGUACUACAAAUAAAACAAAGUUAAUUGCCACUCUUCAUGCAAAACCUAGCGUUCCUCUUGAUGUAACAUUCGACAAAAACACACUCACUGCUGUGUCUGCUAAAAUUUUCUGGACUGUUCCUGUCAAUGGCCCAGUUUUAUACUACAACGUCAGCUAUGUAAUGGGUCUCCAUUCUAACGCAAAUGUUUCGGCUAUUACAGUACGCACAGUUGAGAAAUCGAAUCACAUCACACUGAAAAACCUUAUUCCAUUCACAUUCUACACUGUUUCGGUUCAAGCCAUCAACAUCGACAGAGGUUACCGUUUAGUGAGCAGUGCAAGUGCUGUCAGAACAUUUCGAACGUUAGCAGAUGCGCCAAGUAAACCUCAAAAUUUGAAGAUCUCGGACUUGCAAGCAAAAGCUGCACGCUUCAUAUGGGAGGCUCCGGCUCAACCUAAUGGACCGGUAGCGUACUAUAUUAUUACUUUGGCAAUGGGAAGAGUUGAUCCGCAGAACUACAGUAGUCAAAAGAUCGUUUUAAGAGAGAAGGUCAGUGGCCAAACCAGCUACGCAGUGAACGGGCUGACACAAAUAUCACAGUACAGUGUAUGGAUAAUAGCUGUCAAUAUUGAAGUUUCUAAAGAGCUCAAGAGUUCUCCUAGUCAAGUACAAAUCUUUAACACAACAAGCGAAACUACGAUACAUACAACAAUAGUAUAUACAACGAAGACUGGCACAACAACUGCAGUGACGGACGCAAGAUCAAGUCCACCCACAACAAGUCCAAUCACAACAAGUCCACUCACAAACAUUCCACCUCCAACAAGUGCAACAACAGCAUCAAGUCCUGUUUCAAUCACUGGCUUGCCUAUUACGUAUAUCCCACGAGGUUCCGGUUUACCAACAAGAUCUUGUGAAGAUGAGAAGACAAACUUGAAACUAACACCCGCAGUCGCUACAUUGGCCGUAUUUAGUAUUAUUCUGUUAGUACUUGCUGCUUACUUUCUCUAUCAAUGGAGACACGUGAUUGCUGUUGGCGGUGCGAAAGAGUCUAACGCAAUAAAAAUGGAUGAACGGGAAGAAAGACGCGAUGCUGUAACGUACGAGACAGUGGUUGAUUCUGGACGUCAGCCCGACGUACUGACAAGGAGUCCACUGUAUGAAGAAACAUCGGUGAUCGACAAUCCAUCGUAUGGUGUAGUAACCGAUCAAAACUAGGAAACAGACAACAGAACGCAUUUUGCCUAAAUUUACCAUUUACUGAUGGUUUAGUAAGAAAUUGGUUAGUUUAUAGUGUUGAUCAAUAACCGAACGACAAGACUUCUAUGUUUUUGACAGACCACUGAAAGGCUACGUUUUCUGUAACCCUAGCUGUUUAGUCUUAAGAAACGACUUCUGAACAAGCUUAUAGUUGUCAGUACAUGCAUGCAAAAAUAAAAACAAGAACUUUUAAAAUCGA